AUGGGAAGUCCAUUAUCUGGAAACUUGUGCGAAAUGGUAAUUAGGGCAUUAGAAACCAAAACCCUACCACUCUUUCUUUCAAACAUAAUCAUGUAUGGUAGGUAUAUAGAUGACGUUAUAAUUCUCUGGAAAACACCACCAGACCUAAGACAAUUUAAGACAGCCAUGAACAACAACCCUUAUGGCCUUUAUAUGGAAUUAGAACAGCAUAGUGAAGAAAAAAUCCACUUCUUGGAUAUAGAAAUUAAAGAAAGAACAAUACAAACAGAAGUUUAUAGAAAACCCACAACUAUACCAUCAUACAUACCCAUCAAUUCCUGUGACCCAUACUCUUACAAAAUAGCGGCAUUCAGGACUUUGGUAGAAAGGGCCUAUUCCCACUCUUCCACGACCUAUGCUGUACAACAAGAAUUAGCGUAUAUUAGAGAUGUCGCUAAAGACCACGGUUAUGGCAACAUAAUAAACAAAUUAUGUAAUCAGCACCUUCACAUAAAUAGUAAAACAGAUGAAGAAAAGACAUCAGGAGCAGUUGAUAAAGAACAUAUGGAAAGGGUCCCAGUAACGUACAACUCACAAAUGAAAACGAUAUAUAAUUCAAUUGCAAAGAAAAAAGGAAUUAGAAUUACAUAA